AUGAAGAAGAUAAGAGGAAGUAGUAGUUUUUUCGAUCUGACAGAGGAGGAAAAGAGAGAAUAUGCAGGGAAGAAGCUGUUUGAUCCCAUAAGAUAUGGUAGCAGCUUCAAUGAGAACGUGGAUCAGACAUUUUUAUGGAGAGAUUAUCUCAAAAUUCAUGUUCAUCCCCACUUCAAUGCUCCUAAGAAGCCUUCUGGUUUCAGCGAAAUAAUAGAAGAAUACAGCAUGAGAACAAGAGAGAUAACAAGUGAUUUGCUGAAAGGAAUAUCAGAAGGGUUAGGGUUAGAAGCGGAAUACAUAAAGGAGAAAAUGGAGACGGAGAGAGGUUCACAGCUGAUGGUAAUUAACCUGUAUCCGCCAUGUCCAGAACCAGAAGUAGCAAUAGGAAUGCCUCCUCACUCAGACCAUGGCUUCUUGACCCUCCUGGUUCAAAAUCAUAUCCAAGGUCUCCAAAUCUUCCACAAUGGCCUUUGGCUGCCCCCCAUUCCUCCGCAUCCUAAUUCUUUCCUCGUUAAUCUUGGCGAUCACAUGGAGAUAUUAACGAAUGGAAAGUACAAAAGCGUAGUACAUCGAGUGGUGGUGAAUUGCGAGGUGGCUAGAAUUUCGAUAGGGACGGCUCACGGGCCACCGCUCGACACAGUCGUGAAGCCGGCGGAGCAGCUAGUCGACCAGGAGGGCCAACCCUUGGCCUAUCGUGGCAUCAAAUACAGAGAUUAUUUAGAGCUUCAACAGAGCAGCCAACUCAAUGCGAAAUCCUGCUUGGAUCAUGUUCGCUGUUCAUAAUCUACUAUUUGAACUAUAUGUAUCUACAUAUAUAUAUAUAUAUAUAUUGUGGUAAUAGGUUUUAUUUGUGUGGGUUUAGAGAUUAGUAUCGUAUUUAAUU